AUGAUUUUGCCUAUACGCACCCUAUCCUUAUCUUUCUUUGCCUUAGGAAAGUCUGCAGCCCUACGUCGAUACCAACGUCAGGCUGCGCGCGAGUCAACAGCCAAGGCUAAUCAACGCUCGUUAGUGGACGCUGAACUAGCGGCACUGGGUGGCGUGGCAGUUGAUGCGGCCGCAGUCGACCAAGCUGACAGGUAUGAAAACAAUUCCUAUCUUGAUGCUUUGGUUACUAUUAGUGAGUAG